ACCACAGAAGACUUUAGCCCUUCAAAUAAGUUAGGAGAGGGAGGAUUUGGACCUGUGUAUAAGGGUACACUUUUUGAUGGAAGAGAAGUGGCGGUGAAGCAACUUUCAGUAGAAUCAAGCCAAGGAAAUAGUCAAUUUAUAACUGAGAUAGCUACCAUAUCUGCUGUUCGACAUCGCAAUCUUGUCAAAUUAUAUGGAUGUUGCAUUGAAGGAAAUAGACGCCUGUUGGUCUAUGAAUAUCUUCAGAACAAAAGCCUUGACAAGGCACUCUUUGCAAAAAAUAGCUUUCAGCUUGAUUGGCCAACCCGCUUCAAUAUAUGCAUUGGAACUGCAAAAGGAUUAGCUUAUCUUCAUGAAGAGUCAAGGCCAAGGAUUGUACAUAGAGAUGUGAAGAGAAGGCUGAUGUCUUUAGUUUUGGAGUUGUUGCUUUAGAGAUUCUGAGUGGAAGGCCAAACUCUGAUAAUAGCUUAGCCAAGGAACAAAUUUAUCUUCUUGAACGGGCAUGGAGUUUGCAUGCAAAUAACCAAAGUUUGGCACUAGUGGAUCCAAACUUAACUGAUUUGGAUGAAAAUGAAGCUCUUAAGGUCAUAGGGGUUGCUCUCUUGUGUACUCAAGGCUCACCAAUGAUGAGACCAACAAUGUCACGUGUUGUGGGCAUGCUUGCUGGAGAUAUCGAAGUGAAUGCUAUAGUAUCAAAGCCAAGCUAUUUGACUGAUUGGGAUUUUAAGGAUAUAACCUCUAGCUUUUCAAAUCAAGAUUCUACUAAAUCCAUUGAAGCUGAAAGUAGCAAAAACAGCAAUAAUAAUACAGGGGUUGAUACAAUGGAUACUCCAUUAAAUCUCACUGCGCCUAGCCUCACUGAUCUCAUUGGGGAAGGAAGGUGAUAAUUGGUAUAUAUGCUAUUUCUAAAAUUUGCAUCUUCUUGUUGUUGAAUAAAAUUCCUCUCUUCCAUUUCUUGUAUAUAUGUUACAAUUUUGAGAGUGAAUAACUGAAUAUGAUUUUUGUAUAUGUAGUCUAAUAUGGAAAGUUCAUGUUUGCUUCAAUUUAAACUUUUAAGUUAGAAUA